CUCACAACAAGGGACCCAGCAGCAGCAGCGAGGGGAGGGACUGAGGGGACGGGAGCGGGGCUGGCGGGCGUUAAUCUCCUCCGCCUCGCUCGCUCGCUCGCUCGCUCCCCGCCUCCCUCCCGUCCCUCCAUUGAGCCUCCCGCCCACCGCCGCCGCCGUCCUCCUCGCCGCGUCCCUUCCCCAGGCGGGCGCGGCCAUUGCGGUCCCGCCGCCGCCUCCUCCGCCGCCACGGGCGGGUGGGGGGCGGGCGGGAGGAUGAUCACCAACACGCGGGGCUUCCUGUGGUCGGACCUGGAGACGCGGGCGCUGCUGGAGAUCUGGGGGGAGGCGGACGUGCAGAGCGCGCUGGACGGCAACUUUCGCAACAGCCAUGUGUACCGGGACGUGGCCUGCCGCCUGGCCGAGCUGGGCUUCGAGCGCACGCCGGAGCAGUGCCGCAUCCGCAUCAAGGGCCUCAAGCGGCAGUACUACCAGGCCCGCGAGGGGCUCAAGAAGAACGGGCACGCCCGCAAGAUCUGCAAGUACUACGACGAGAUGGACCGGAUCCUCAGCUGCAGGCAAGGCGGAGGGGGGGCCGGGGGAGGAGGCGGCGGCCUCGGCGUGGACGGACACGGCGCGGCCGAGCGGCCUCUCACCCCCGUGGCGGUAGCAGAUGGCUGCCACCAGCCCGCCGCCCUCGCCGCGCCCCCUUCUGCCGGGCCCGGCGUCCCGCCGCGCAACAGCCGGGAGGCGGACCCGGAGGAGCCCGACGAAGAGGACGACGAAGAGGAAGAGGAGGAGUACGGCGGCGGCGGCGGCGAGCUCGGGUCCCCCCGGCGAAACAACUUCCACCACAACUCCGGGGAAUGCUCCUCUUACGCCGAGCACGCCAUCAAAGUGGAGUGCCCCCCCUUCGCCAUCCCGCUGCCGCCCGCUGAGGGUUUUAAACAAAUGAAUGCUCAUACCAAUGCAUCGCCCCUGUUGUCUCAGACUAAAAGAUCAAAAAAACGCCAUGCAAACUUAACCGUGGACAAAAUGAUGGAAAAGUUUCUGCAACAAAGCGUGGAGACCGAAGAGAAAUUCUACAGAUAUGAAGAGCAGCGGCUUAAAAUUGAAGACAAGCGGCGAGAAGCUGAGCAUGCUAGAGAGCUCCAGAUGUUACAGAUGUUGGGACAGAUGUUAGCAGGAAUUUCUUCUACAGUGUCUCAAAGGUCACAGUGUAUAUCAAGCAAUCCUUCUCAGAGAUCAAAUCACCGGUCAUACGGAGAUAAUUUUAACUAUAAUUCUAUGACAGCAGCACUAUCUCCACCCAUAGUUAUAGAGAGAUCAUUUUCAGUACACAAAGCGCAUUCGAUAAAGGAUAUGGAGAAUAUAUUUCAGUUGGUGAGAAAUGUUAUUCCUCCUUUAACUGCCAAAAAACAUAAAGGCCAAGAUGGACGAAUAGGGAUUGUUGGAGGAUGCCAAGAGUACACAGGGGCACCGUAUUUUGCUGCAAUUUCAGCUCUCAAAGUGGGUGCAGACCUGUCCCACGUCUUUUGUACCAAAGAUGCAGCUACUGUAAUAAAGUCUUACAGCCCAGAGCUAAUUGUUCAUCCAGUUCUUGACAGCCCUGAUGCCGUUCAUGAAGUAGAGAAGUGGUUACCACGACUACACUCUGUUGUCAUAGGGCCUGGAUUAGGGAGGGAUGACAUACUACUUGACAAUGCCAAGGGUAUUAUAGAAAAAUCCAAGGUCAAAGGAAUCCCUAUUGUAAUUGAUGCUGAUGGUUUGUGGCUUAUUGCCCAACAGCCUUCUCUCAUUCAGGGUUACCCUAGAGCUAUUCUUACUCCAAAUGCUAUGGAGUUUAGCAGGCUGUAUGAAGCUGUGCUUAGAGACCCCGUAGACAGUAAUGAUCAUCAUGGGUGUGUGCUAAGACUCAGCCAAGCUUUGGGAAAUUUGACAAUUGUUCAGAAAGGAGAGCGAGAUCUUAUUUCAGAUGGAGAAAAAGUGCUUGUAUGUAGCCAUGAAGGAAGCAGCAGAAGGUGUGGUGGGCAAGGGGAUCUCCUCUCAGGGUCUCUUGGAGUCCUAACACACUGGGCCUUCCUUGCUGGACCAGAAAAAACAAAUGGUCAAAAUCCUUUUCUAGUGGCUGCAUUUGGAGCAUGUUCACUUACAAGGCAGUGCAACAACCAAGCCUUCCAGAAAUUUGGACGGUCUAUGACAGCCUCUGACAUGGUUUUAGAAAUUGGAGCAGCCUUUAAUAAACUCUUUGAAACCUAAAACCAAAGCAACAGAGGAGGAACACACAGCGUUGGCAGUCAUGGAAACUAUGCUUGGACAUCCGUGCGGAAUGAACCCUUUUCAAGUGCUGUUAGCAAUAUUGGUAUACUAAGUAGUUUUUUUAUUUUUAAAGAUAGGAAAAUUGUAGAUAUUUUUUAAAGAGUUUGGACUACAGGUGGUGUUUUUUUUCAGCUGAAUAAGCUGUAGUUACAGAAGUUAUAAUAUAAUAAAACAAAACUGAAAGUAUUUCCUCCGUUCUAUUUCAUAGUUAUUGAGCAAUAAUUGUCUGCUAGCAGCAAAAAAAGGCACCUGAUACAUGAUAAAAGGGUAUAAUCCAGCCAACUGUAAGAAAAAUAAGCAUUUGAUACUGCAAUCCUAAAGUUUUACAGCUUUCUAAAUCCAGUCCUUCAAGGGAUCUGGGAAGUUGCACUUCUGUUUAGGAUUGCAUUGUCACUCACUGAAAUAAAUGGGAUUUAAAAGACCUUAACUGUGGCUGGAAUGUGUCAUCAUAUCUGUCCAUCAGCUCAGCUUAGUUUGCGCCGAUGCCAUCUCUAUUUUGUUCUUAGAACUCCCUACCAGGUUUUAAUUCUGCAAAGAGAUUGUCCUUGCUUUCAGAAAUUUGCUGUCUCCGGGCAGGGAAUGCAUGCCAGUUGCCAUCACCAAAUCCUUGGCACAGAAGUCUAAUUCCCUGUUUUGGGGAUGCAGUGGGGAGAGAGAAGGGAUGGGCAUCAGCAAUCUUUUUUUGUCCUUUUAACAGUACAGGAAGCUGUAGAACUUGGCAUGCAAAGUAGUAUUUAUUUAGCUGAAGAAUGUAUUAAAGCAUCAUCUACUGUUCAGGGCUUGUUUAGAACAUGAAACCAAAUCAUUUGCACACCAUGUAGAUAAACUAGGCACACACUGAUCAAAAGAUUCAGGGUUGUUUUUUUUUUUUUAAUGGCUUAGGAAACAAUCUACCAUGAACAGCGCCUGUGCACAGGAGAGGUUGUUGAUGGAAUGUGCUUUUCAUGCUAGCAUAAAGUCUUGUUCUUGGCUUCGAUGACACACAUGUAGGUUGUUUUUUAAAUCACCAGCAUAGACUAACUGGAGACUGAAAGGCAAAAGGCUGCCUUAAGUCAUGUAACAUUACUAAACAGCCCCCUCUCAGAGAACAGGGUUGAGAGUAGGUUGUUCAAAGAUUUGCUGUAUCAACUUUUCCUUAACAUAAUGGCUUUGAAUAUCUUUAUAUACAAAGACAGCACAAGCAUCCAAGGAAGUACAACAGCUGCUCUAGGUGUAUUUUUACUAGUUUUAGCUACUAAGGGGUUUAGGUAUAAACUUAAUUUUGUAGGAUCUAUGCACUAUUUCCACAGAAGAAAUUUCACAUGGUAGAAUACUUUUUUUUUCUUGAAUGACUUGCAACUCAAUCCUAUGCAUGUUUACUCAGAAGCGAGCCCCUCUGAAUCCAAAGUGGGCGUGCACAGGAUUACAAGCUCUUGUCUACAAUCUAGCUCUAAACCAGCAUUCCCAGCUGCAUAGAGGAGACAGUUGUAUCCUCUUUUUCGGAUCUGCUACAGCUGAGAGUGGUUGGGCUCUGCACCAGUUUCUUUGUGCUUACAACUAAUAUUUUGGAUGCACUGUAACUACUACCUCAGAACACGUUCGUUUUUAUAGAAAGCGUUUCCCACUGUUUACUUCCAUCAACGUUCAGAGCACCAAUUAAAAUGUUCCCUCAAAAAAAGGACACGGCAUGGUACCGACCAAUGCUCCCUCUAAG